UAGCGGGACUACAAUUCCCAUGAAGCCUUGCGAGGAAGCGGUCUGCGUCGCCUCGGAGGCGUCAGGUGGCGGGAAAGGAUGGCUGUUGCCCUCAGCGCUGGAGCGAAGCUGGGGAUGGAGGGCUUCGUCCGGAGUCUCUUCCAAGGCAAGCCGGACCUCAGUGUCCUCACUCACACCAUUAUCCGAGAGAAGUACCGUACCCAUGCUGGGAAGGAGAGCCUAACAAGAGAGGAAAAGGAGCAACUUAAACAGCUGGUGGAAGUGGAACUUAUCCAGAUGAAGGUUGAUGAUUCCCCAGAUAGUGAAGAAGUUCAUUCUUCAGUCAAAUCAGGAGGCCACAAACGAUCCCGUUGCUCCUCCGACUCCUCUGGAGAUGAAGUCAAAAGCAAACAAGAGCAGAAGAAACAACGGACUAGAAAGGAAAUGGAAACAAGUUCUGAUGAAGAAGAUUCUGGGAUUGAUUCUAAGAAGAUACCACUCUGUGAUGGCUCAAGACAUGAGAAGUCCUCAGGCUCUUCUGAACAAGAAGACAGUGGGGCAGAAGGUCAUACAGAUGGAUCAGAGAGUGAUGGAAUUGCUAAAAGCAAGGGAAAGCAAACACCCCAGAGGGCAAGAAAUGAGAAGCAAAAAGGUAGCAAGAGAUUCAGUGGGCCAGGUGGCAGAAAACGAAGAGACAGAUCGGAGAGUGAGUUUGAGGAAACCACAGACGAGCAACAGAGUAAUAUGGAUGAAGAAGAAGAAGUUGGAGAACAAACAAAGUCAGCAAAAAGCGAAAGCACUGAAUCAGAGAAUGACUCUGAACAGGAGUUCCAGGGGGGAAAAGAACAGAAACAGACUGCUGCCAAGAGAGAGAAUCAAAAGGUGAAUGAGCAAAGGAGAAAAAAGAAGAAUGAGUCGGAAGAGGACAGUGAGCCAUCUAAGGUGGGGAAAAUUCACGGGAAGAAAAGAACUGACUGGAGUGAGAGUGAAGAGGGAAAGAAAAGUGUUAGCCACAAUAAGGGUGAAGACAAGGCAAGACAGAGAGCUCAGAAGUCUCAAGUGGGGACCAAGAGUGAAGAUGACUUGGAGAGUGAGUCAGAGGAGACAACCAGGAGUCAGAAAAAGAUGGUAAAUAUUAAAGAAAGGACAAAAGGUAUGUGUGUAGAAAAACUGGAUAGUGAUUCAGAAAAGAGUGAGGGUAAAAGUCAAAUGAGGGUGGCAACACAGAAAGGCAAGGCAAAUGAAGAAAAAUGGAGCCCUGAAUCAGAGAGUGAUUCAGAAGACAAGAGGCAGCCUGAAAAAGGAGGAUUGAAAAGGACACAGAAGAGGAAUGUAAGCAGAAAGAAACUGGUGGAAGAACAAGAGGGGAAGAAGCAAGGCAUGCAUAAGCCCAGGAGGAGUGUAAGCAGUGAAGAUAAUGAAAGUGAGUCAGACAAGCAUAAGGACUUGAAACAAAGCAAGAAGGGAAUGCAGAAACCCAGUAGUAGUGAAAAUGAAUCACAGAGUGAGGCAGAAGAGAGAGAAAAGAACAAAGGCAAGUGCCGGAAGAUGACUCUGAGCAGCUACAAAUGGGAGAGUGGACCAGAAGAAUAUGAAAAUAGGAUUCAGAGGAAGAAAAUGGCCCUUAAAAAGAGCAACAGCAUGUCUGGGAGUGAAUCUAGCCAAGAGGAAGCGAAGCAGGGAAAGAGAAGAGUGGAGAAGUACCAGAGGGCUAGAGACACUGAAUCGGAGUCUGAGUCUGAUGACUCUGAAAGUGAUUUGGCAAGAAGGAAAAAAAGUCAAGGCCAGCAAAAGAAAGAAAUACAGGCGCCCAAAAGAAGGCAGAACAGCAAGGAAGAAUCAGAGAUCGGAUCUGUUGAGGAGGAAGAAUCCUCCCACUCAGGAGAUGAAGAUAACCCCACUUCUUCUAAACAACGGCAUCAAGGAAAGGACAAAGACCAUCAUUCUGGGAAGAAUGAGGAGCACCCCUCUAUCAGACGCCUGAAGCGCUACAUCCGGGAAUGUGGGGUUCGUCGGAAUUACAAGAAAUUGUUUGAGGGUUGCCGAUCCCGGAAAACACAGGUGGAGAUCCUCAAACGGGAGCUAGAAGACCUUGGCAUAAAAGGAGCACCAACUCUAGCCAAGUGCAAGGCCUUGAAGCUGAAGCGUGAAGAAGCAGCUGAGGUGGCUUCACUUGAUCUCAGCAACAUUAUCUCCACAGAAGGCCGUCCCAGGCGUCGCAAUGUCUGGAGUCUCUACAGCAAGCCUGAGGAGCCCCCCAGUUCACCAGAAGAACCACCUAUCCGUCGCCAUGUGACAGACUGGUCCCACCUUCGUGGAGUCAUCAGUUCUGAUGGGGAAAGCAGCUGACUUGGGGCAAGCAGGGGGCCUUGAUGGGGCAACCAUCCUGGUUGUGAGGAGAAGCGAGAGUCUGAUGGAUUGGACAACCAGGAAGGCUGAGAUACAUUCCAAAUAUAAGCUAGAAGAAAGCUGUCAACAUUUUGUCACUCUUGCUAUCUUCGGUUAUCAGCAAAAGAAGAGGGGGCAUGAUUGUCUGUUAAAGGCAAAUACUUAUAUUUAUUUGAAAACAUACCUACUUUUGAGGGAAGAGAUGCAGAAGGAUGGAGAUACUCAGUUCCUUGAAAAAUACCUGAGCUCUUCAGAUACCAUUAUUGAUGUUGGUUUCGUCAUUUUUUCCCAUCAGUUUUCUUCCCAAGACUGAACAUUUCCUAAACAGGAGUGCAAGCGUGUAUUGGAAGAGGUGAGGUUUCGGUUUGGUUGUUUUUUUAUUCCAUGUUAGCCCAUGAGUCUAUGUCUCAGAGGCAUAUUUUUGCCCUUUCUUUUGGCACAGUCUAAAGGAGAAUGAUUCAUUGUGGACUAAAUGUCACAGGUUUUGAUGGGGACUGGUGUGCCUUUGGAACAUGUAACAUGUUUACCUAUUGUUGUAAAUGUUGUGAGUUGGAAAUUUUAUAUGACUGAAAAAAAUUUGAAAUGUUUUUUAUAUAUCCCUUAAAUAAAAUCUCUUUUGGACUUC